ACACUCACAGGCGGCCCGGUCUCCUGAGGGUCGGCUCUCAGCGAUUCCUGGGUUUCUCCUGGUGCCGUCGAGGCGUUUCGGGUCGUCAGGGUCACAGGGGUCAUCGGGGUCAACGUGGGUCACCGGGGUCAUCGGGGUCAACGUGGAGUCUCCCACGAUCGCGACCAGAUCAGUAUUUAACACCAAACGGAGCCGAGGAACAUCCGUCCUUCUACACAGAAGAACCAGCUGGACACUGGCAGCAAAACGACAUCGGCGAUGGCACAAGAGUGAGAUCAGCCCGGCUCCAGCUGUAGACAUCUGUCUAGAGAGGAAGAGGAGGAGAUGGGAGGAAGAGUGUGCAGGGAGGAGGUGAAGGAGGAGAAAAGGAGGAGUCCGGGCAGAGAGGACAGCCUGUCGUCUGCCGACAAAAUCCAAAGAUUCUCCAAGCAGUCUGGACACAACGUCCUGAGCCUGGCCCGCCGUGGACUCAAGGACGCUCCGGGGGAGCUGUGGGAGCUGCAGGAGCUGGAGAAGCUGAACCUGUCCCUCAACAACCUGAAGGCGCUGCCCCCUCAGCUGGGCCUGCUGUCCAACCUGUUGGUCCUCAACCUGUGGGGGAACCAGCUCAGCAGCCUGCCGGCAGAGAUCGGCCAGCUGAGGAGACUCCGAGUUCUGUUUGUCUACAGAAACAGACUGACGGAGGUUCCUGAGGAGCUGGGGGCCUGCACGCAGCUGGAGGUCCUGAGUCUGGCUAACAACCAGCUCUCCUCGCUGCCGGCUUCUCUCUCCAACCUGACCAGACUCAGGAAGCUCAACCUCAGCCACAACCUCAUGGCUCACCUGCCAGGCUGCAUCUACAGCAUGAAGGCCCUGGUCUUCCUGGAUCUGUCCUGCAACCGUCUGGAGAAUGUGGCUGAGAACAUCCAGGCUCUGCUGGAGCUCAAGAUCCUCAUCAUGGAGGGAAACCAGCUCCAGUCUCUGCCCAGAGGCCUCUGCUUCCUCAUCAGGCUGGAGCUGCUCAACCUGGACUUUAACCACAUCAGAGACCUUCCUGAGGAGAUGCACCAUCUGUCCCGCCUGCAGAAGCUGGCCUGCCAUCCCCUGGAUAAAGGUCUGCACAUCGUCCACAACCCGCUGAUGAAGCCCCUGAAGGAGGUGAUGGAGGGAGGACUGGCGGCGCUCUUCAAUUACCUGAGAUCAGGUGGUGAAUAGGGGGUGGGGCCUCUGAAACCUGGGGGCGGAGCCAGUUCCCUCUUGAGGAUGGCAGCGAAGCUUUCUGAAAUCAUGAUGAAGAAUUUUGAAGAACCAGAACUUCAGACCUACUUCAAUCUUCCAGGCAGAGUUUUCACCCACCUGAGGGACAGGAUGGAGAGACGGAAACAGCAGCCAUCUUGUUGGUUCUCUUGCUGAUGUUCUUCACUUUGGAACGACCACAACGUAAACAGAACCGUCUCAGAACCUCUUGACCUCUGGGCUGUUACUGUUAUCCUUACUGUUAGUGUCAGUGUUGUUCUCACUGUUAGUGUCUUUCACUGUCACUGUCCAUACAGAGAGUCUAAGCUGGAGGCCAGAAGGCAGGAAAUGAAGUCAGCAUGUCAACAAGCUUGGCUUUAGUUUCCCUGAUGGUGUGUUUUUAAUCAGUUCUGUAAGUGAGCAUUGUUCAACUCCUAAGAUCUUAUUACUAGUAUUUAUUACUGUGCCGAAUACUAAGAUUUCCAAACCAACAGAGGAGAGAAAACAUCAAUAUAUGAUCAUCUUUGGCUCAUCAACCUGAAACUUUGCCAGUUUUCUUAGAACAAUCUUUGCUGGCUCUUUUUUUGCAGGUUCUCUGAAUGGCAGGUAAAUUUGAACUUAUUAUCCAAGAUAUUUAUAGUUUUCUACUGUCUGACCUUUAAUUACUGUUUGAGUUGAGUUAUGAAGCUUCUGUCUAAGAUCAGAGAACAUGUUCUUUGUUUUCUGUACAUGUAAUAAAAGAAAAGUUUAUCCCA